UUGCAUUGCAGCAUGGACGAUCGCGCGUUGGCUUGAACGUCGCCGCAACGUUUGUGUAUGUGCUCGCGAAAAGCGUGACUUUUGCGGUUUACGCAACGUGUAACCAACCAAACCGUUCCUGGUUACCCUCCGGAUCGCGUUUCCCCGCAGUCUAGAAGCUACACUUGACGCAAACGAAGUCGCGGUUCGUCCAGAUUCGGCACCUCUUCCGACACCACCGAGCGUUGAGCAGCAAAGAUGUCUCUAGCUGACGAACUGUUGGCCGAUUUGGAAGACGCUGGAGACCUCGAGGAGGACCAGCUGUAUCAGCAGGACACGCACAUUCAGGAGGUCGAAGAUGUCAUACCGCUCGAGAUCGACACUAAAGUCAAGUCGGUGCGUGCGAUCGCCAAACUACGGGACUCCGAAGAGCUGGGACGUGUGAUGAGUGAAAUCAAACAGAAAGUGUUGCAGACCCGCAAGGAAGAAGUGACUGGCCCUGUUGAAGCUGACCCGGAAUACCAGCUCAUUGUCGAAGCCAACAACCUCGCCGUCGAGAUCGACAAUGAAAUCAACAUCAUUCACAAGUUUACCCGAGACAACUACCAGAAACGAUUCCCCGAACUCGAGUCCCUCGUCCCAGGAGCCCUGGAUUAUGUCUUGACAGUAAAGGAACUCGGCAACAGCUUGGAAAAGGCCAAGAACAACGAAGUGCUGCAGAGUUUUCUGACGCCUGCCACCAUCAUGGUCGUCAGCGUGACAGCUUCAACGACACAGGGGCAGCUGCUUUCACAAGAAGAGUUGGCCACCAUCUUUGAGGCGUGUGACAUGGCUCUCGAGCUCAACGACUUCAAGCUGGAGAUCUACUCGUACGUCGAGUCACGGAUGUCGUUCAUAGCGCCCAACCUCUCUCAGAUUGUCGGAGCGUCAGUUGCAGCCAAGCUGAUGGGUGUGGCUGGUGGCCUGACCAACCUAUCCAAGAUGCCCGCCUGCAAUGUGCUCGUGCUGGGCGCUCAGAAGCGCACUUCAGGCUUCUCCUCCACAGCCGUCAUGCCGCACACGGGCUUCGUCUACUACACGGACAUUGUGCAGAACACGCCUGCCGACCUGCGGCGCAAGGCCUCCCGGCUGCUGGCGGCCAAGUGCGUGCUGGCCGCCCGCGUGGACAGCUUUCACGAGGCCCCCGACGGCACGGUGGGCGUGUCCCUCCGGGAGGAGGUGGAGCGCAAGCUGGACAAGCUCCAGGAGCCGCCGCCCGUCAAGCAGGUCAAGCCGCUGCCCCCGCCCAUCGACCAGAACCGCAAGAAGCGUGGAGGACGCAGGGUCCGUCGAAUGAAGGAGCGAUUUGCCGUGACUGAGCUCCGCAAGCAAGCCAACCGAAUGAGUUUUGGAGAGAUUGAAGAGGAUGCCUACCAGGAAGAUCUCGGCUUCAGCUCAGGCCAGAUUGGAAAAUCCGGCGCCGGCCGGAUCAGGUCAGCUCAGGUGGAUGAGAAGACCAAAGUCCGCAUCUCCAAAACGCUCCAGAAAAACCUCCAACGGCAGCAAGUGUACGGUGGCAGCACGACGGUCCGGAGACACGUGUCCGGUACAGCUUCGAGCGUUGCGUUUACGCCACUUCAGGGCCUGGAGAUCGUCAACCCUCACGCGGCUGAAUCAAAGGCCAGCGACAGUGGCGCGAAGUAUUUCUCCAACACGGCGGGCUUCCUCAAGAUUGCCAAGCAGUGAACAGCGACGCUUCUCCUGUCCUCCCCCUAUUUGUACAUACAGGCGCUGAAUAAACUCCAAUUACUCGGC